CUGCCUUUCACUUUACAUGGCGAUCCUGCCUGUACUUUUCAUGGCGAUCUUGCGGACGAUCCUAAACGCUAAAUAAAUUAUUAGUAAAAAUGGCUGUCUGGAAAGGAAAGAAAUACAAAUUAGAAAAGAGUGAAAACUUCGACGAAUACAUGAAGGAAUUGGGUAUCGGUAUGAUUCUACGCAAAAUGGGUAACAGUAUCAGCCCCACCGUUGAACUGAAAAAGGAUGGUGAUAAUUACUCUUUCACCACUACCUCAACCUUCAAGACAACCACGGUCAACUUCAAGCUGGGCGAGGAAUUCGAUGAAGAGACACUUGAUGGUCGCAAAGUAAAGAUCGUCUUCACUCUGGAUGGCAACAAAUUGGUGCAAGAACAGAAGGGUGACAAACCAUCGACCAUUAUUCGUGAAUUCACUAACUCCGAGCUAGUGACUACUCUCACUCUCAACGACGUGAAGUCCGUCAGAGUCUACAAGGCUGUAUAAAUGCGCAGUGCGCUACAUGCGAAGUUCAAAACAACAGUAACAAAAAGCUAAAGUAAUUUAAAAUAAAAAAUGCCACUUCUUGCAAUAAACUAAUGAUUGAAAAACUAACUAUCAUACAGCAUACAUUGUACUUUAUAUAACUACAUA